CCUCCCAUUUUCCUUCUCUAAGCGACACUCCUCUCUAUUCUCUCUCUUUUCUUUCUCUCAACCCCAACAAAUAUAAACGGCUUCCGUGGCCUCCCCACUACCUAAAGAAUCUGAUGAAGAGCCAGAUCGACGUAAAACUCGCCCUAAACAGCCAACGAAACCUGAAACCCCCUUUUAUAUUCAAGGCCUUCAGGAAACAACUCCCCUAAACCCCCAAAACCACUCAACCACGAUUAAAACAUGGGGCUUUACCUUCGACCUGGCGGGGUUUUACUACCGAGCAACGGUGAUGGGAUUCUUCGGACCGAGAAGAGGCUCUGCGUGGCAAAGAGAAAUCUGCUCCCCUCCGUACUGGCAUUGUUAUUUUGGUUUGUUGCUGGUACAAUCCGAGGCGGCUAUGGCACUGGUAUGUUCGUGGAUGCUUGGGUGGCAAUUGGAGAGACAAGCAUGCUCUCUACACGCGAGAUCUGGCCAUUCGGGAAGCUGGGGAGUCUUCGAUACACCAGACGCGUAGGCUUGGGGACCUUCGGAGUGUUGCAAGUCGUUGGAUCUUAGAACCAGAUCCAAUGGUCGAGAAUCGGCUGCACAUGGAUCCUUAGGGUUUAGAAAACCCUAAACUUUGUACCACCUCACUUGAGUCAUUGAAUGCUUAACCCAAAUCCAAUGGCCUCUGUUGUGCGGCGCUAAGCCUUCCAACAGAAAACCCCACUGGGUUUAGGGUUUUCACUAAUGGGUUGUAACAUCUGGGCUUGCAGCUGGUUUGGGCCUACUCUGGUUCGGGCCUCUGUUUGAGUCAAGUGAUGGGUUGUUUUGUAAUAAGGG